AUGCUACAUACCCCUUUACGUUGCCCCGAUCCUGAGUCAUUAACCUCGACAUUGGCAAACCUCCUUAACUUCCCUCCCCGUGACGGCCAGGUAGAAGCAAUACGGAGACUCGCUGUAGACCAGCAGGAUCUAAUCCUAAUUGCACCUACAGGAUGGGGCAAGAGCGCUGUAUUCCAGGCGGUUCCGGCCUUGCGGGGCGGCAUUUGCCUCAUGAUUAUGCCCUUAAACCUGCUUGAAGAGGACCAGGCCAAGUCUAUUUCUCGAAUACCCUGCUGCCGGCCUUGCGUAUUAAACGCCCAGUCGAACAAAGCCGCGUUGCUCAACGAGAUCCGAAUCGGCAAAUACACGCACGUGCUUCUGAGUCCAGAAAUUGCACUGUCAGAGCGAUUUAAGACGGAGGUCCUAUAUGAUCAGGCCUUCCAAGACCACCUCGUGUUGGUGGCCAUCGACGAAUUACACGUGGUCAGCGAGUGGGGUCUGCAUUGGAGGAAUCGAUAUAGUCAAUUGGCGUUGUUGCGUCACACGGUUAGUAGACGCGUGCCUUGGUUUGGUUGCUCUGCGACACUCGAUCCAGUUACGUUGGCUGAGGUUCGAGAUCUCAGUGGGUUCGAUCCUUGGGUUCACAUUCAACGGACCUCCAUUGACAGACCCGACAUAACAUUCGCAAUUCAACCAAUUCAGCAUCCGGCAAACAGCUUCCGCGAUCUAGAGUUCCUUGUUAAACCGGUACAGGGAGCAACCGAGGAGGCUGUCAUGAAGAGAAGGGAGAAUAGGGCAAGAGAGGCUUUCAAGCGUGGA